UUUGCUUUAUUUUGCUCCAACGCUGCCAUGUUCUGCCCAAAUAGCCACAGUCCAGCAGGUGUCUGGAGCCCAGAGGCCACAAAGGGGGCCAAAGGGGGCCAGAUGGGGCUGGCAACCCUGGUCAAGGAGGAAGCGGCAUGUGUCUCACCUUGGCAGUGUGUCGUGUGUGUGUUUGCGUGUUGUGCUUGGCUGGGCACAUCAGUUCUGCUUUCAGUUCCCAGCUGCCAAGCAUAUUUUGCUGCAAGAAGAGCUCUGGGCAGUUUCUCCUCUGGUCCUUCUCAGCCGCUGACCUUCUUGGUGGCCGCCUCUGGCCAGCGAUGACCCAAAGAGUGACCUACGCAGAGCUCCAGUUGGCCAGGGGCCCUCCGCCACAGAAGGGCCCCAAUCCCCAAUUGGCCCCCGGCGGCAGGGAAGGGGAGCUCACCUACGAAAACGUCCAGGGAGGGCCCAGGGGUCAGGGGUCAGAGGAGACCCCCAAGGAGAACCAAGAGUCGGACCGCAGGAUGAAGAACGUUGGCCUGGUGGUUGCGGCCACCAUCUUCUUCCUCCUCGCCACCACCGUCGCACUUGGAGUCCUAUAUGGCCAGGUCUCUGGUGAGCUCUGGUGGUCAUCCAAAGACCAUGCAGACCACCGCAGUGUCCUGGCACAGAGGGUCAGUGCCCUGAACCAGAGCCUGGCAGAGAUGGAGAUCCAGCUAUGCAAGGCUGAGAAGGACCUUAACGGCACCCGGUUGGCCCUCAAGGAGAGCCAGGCGGCCAGAGAAAGGAACCAGAGGCUUCUGGAGAAAGUGGAAGGCCAGCUGAGGGACGCCAACCGCAAUAUGGAGGCUGCGAAGCAGGAGAAGGAGCGAUCGGCUGCAGCACUGCGCCAGGCCGCCUCUCUCCUGCAGAAGG